AUGCUCCUGGACAAGGCAAGCUCGUGGACCGGGCAAGCUCCUAGACCAAGCAAGCUCCUGGACCAGGGACGCUCGCAAGCUCCUGGACCAGGCAAGCUCCGGGACCAGGCAAGCUCCUGGACGAGGCAAGAUCCUGAACCAGGCACGCUCCUAGACCAGGCAACCAUGGACGUGGUUGUGGACGUGGACGACUUGGACGUGGACGUGGACGUGGACGUGGACGUGGACGUGGACAUGGACGUGGACGUGGACGUGGACGUGGACGUGGACUUUGACGUGGACGUGGACGUGGACGUGGACGUGGACAUUGUCGUGGAGGUGGACGUGGACGUGGACAUGGACGUGGACAUGGACGUGGACGUGGACGUGGACGUGGACAUGGACGUGGACUUGGACGCGGACGUGGACGUGGACGUGGACGUUAACUUGGACGUGGACGUGGACGUGGACAUUGUCGUGGAGGUGGACGUGGACGUGGCCAUGGACGUGGACAUGGACGUGGACGUGGACGUGGACAUGGACGUGGACGUGGACGUGGACGUGGACGUGGACAUGGACGUGGACGUGGACGUGGAGGACUUGGACGUGGACAUGGACGUGGACGUGGACGUGGACGUGGACGUGGACAUGGAUGUGGACGUGGACGUGGACGUGGACAUGGACGUGGACGUGGACGUGGACGGGGACAUGGACGUGGACGUGGACGUGGACGGUGGACGUGGACGUGGACAUGAACGUGGACGUGGACGUGGACAUGGACGUGGACGUGGACGUGGACGUGGACGUGGACUUUGA